AUGGAUUCGUCUUCAGCACUGGAAAGUAAAGCCGAAUUUUUCAAAGCCCUAGACGCAGUGUGGGAUGACGACCAAGAUGAACCUGAUAAGGAGCAAUCAGAGCUGAGGAGGCGCUAUUGGGAUGCUCAGCUUCGGUACAAGGAGAGCGCAGAUGCUCCUCGCGCGGCGACCUCCAAUGUACCAGGUUCACAAGUUCAAGUCUCUGCAGCUCAAAAUGCUGCAAAUACUGCCGCGCAGGGUUCCGUUGACAUACCUCCCGAGCAUUCCAUCAAGCCCAUCUCGCGGGUUCAGUCAGCGCCAAACCCAGGCGUCCUAGACACUGCUCGUGACAAGACCAUCGAAGGAACGCCACUGAACAAAACCAUUCAGAUGAAACCUUGCCAGGAGGGUCUUGCGGUAACAGCCAAGGCAACCUCGUUCAUCGAGGAGACACCCGCGGCUAGACCAAGACGGAAUGGUGCCAAGCAUCCCGCAACACUGCGUCGAAUUGCAACGAGCCCGCUCCCUAUCUCUAGCCCGUCACUCAGGGACUCGCAAUCUGCAGCGCUGGCGGGCCCCAGGAAGGCAAAGAGGAAACGAACCGCGGGCGGGCUCGCUGCUAGCAGCACUGUAGACGAUACUGUUCCUGAAGAGCGUCGUUUAUUCAGAGGCUUGUCUUUCUUCUACAUACCAAACGACGACAUCGCCCCGGCGCGAAAACGUCGCAUAGGUAUAGCUCAAAAGUUCGGCGCACAAUGGGUCAGAAAGCCAGAGCUGGCUACUCAUGUCAUAGUUGAAAACAGAUUCACCUACAAGGACAUUGAGAGCAUCGUUUCCCCGGUCAUGACUGUCUGUGAUGCCAGAGUUCCUCCGGCAAUUGUGAGAGAAAACUUCCAGGGAGACUCUGUGGAGAUCGGAUUCGUCGUCAACCCCGACCAGCCCAAGUAUCAUGUCCGAGGUUGCCCUCUGCCGGUGACCGGACGAGAAAAUGAGAGCAAAGGGCCUCCACCAGCACCAGAGAUCACCGAGACAACUUCCAGUCAAGGUGACCCUUCAAGCUCUGCUGAAUCGCGUCAGGUCAAAAACAGCCAUCGAACCAGACCAUUUACCCGUAGUCAGGCCACGCCAGUCGCUACUCCGUCUCGGGAAGCUGAGCCAGAGCUCAAAAGUGCUGGCAAUGAUACUGGUGAUGCAGCAAAUACCAACGUUGUCCCUUUGUCAAAUAGCACUCUUGAGGAGGGGAAUGGUGAGCAAGGCCCCAGGAACAUCCAACAGAGUGUUCACGGAGCUAGCAACUUAUGUGUUAGAGAUGAACUCACAUCCUGCAUCGAGAUUUCGGUAAGAUAUAAAAAUCUGCCGCUAGAUGAAGAUGAAGAUGAUGCCAAUUCUGUGAGGAACUCGGAGUCCCUUGAUUCGAACAACGAUGGCAGUGGAUCUGAAGAGGAGCACGAGGCCAAGAAACGGAAAGCAGCACCCAACAAAACCAAACCUGGUUCUAAAGACGUUGAGUGGAAGGACAGGUUCGCUUGUCACCGUGGUGGUACCAUUGAUAGCAGAAGCCAUACUGCAGUGAAAUCAGACAACCCAAACGCCCGCACAGUCGAAAUUCUGCAACAAAUGUGCAACUAUUACUCGCAGACCAACGACCACUGGCGAACUACGGCCUACAGGAGAGUAAUUAACACUCUACGGCGGCAGAAGCACAAAAUCACAACCGAGGAAGAGGCCGUCCGCCUUCCCAGCGUCGGGUCUCGUCUGGCCAAGAAGAUUGAGGAGAUCGCGGCGACGGACCGCUUGCAGCGACUAGAGCAUGCGCUCAACGAGCCUCUCGACAAGGUGCUUCAGCUAUACUUGGGCAUCUACGGUGUCGGUAUCACACAAGCGCGGCGGUGGAUCUCUCAGGGCUUUCGCACACUUGAUGAUCUGAAGAGACCCGAAGCCAACCUGAACAAGAACCAACGCAUGGGACUGGAGCACUACGAAGAUCUAAACACGCGCAUCCCGCGGUCCGAAGUAGAGGCUCUGGGCUCGUUAAUACAGCGCGAGGCAGCCAAGAUUGACGACCAGGUCGAGCUGCUCAUCGGUGGAAGCUAUCGCCGCGGCGCUAGCAGCUCCGGGGACGUUGAUUUUAUCGUCACUCGAAAAGGCACGGUCAGCACGGAUGAGCUCGUCCCCUUUCUGGAGCGGCUGGUCGCGCGCCUGACCGAGACCGGUGUCAUUGUGGCCACGGUAGCGGCGCUUCACGCCAACAAAUCAGGAGCCAGCAAGUGGCACGGCUGCUGCGUCUUGCCAUCGGAGGAGAUGCCUUUGCAGGCCGGUGACGGGGAUAGCGGGCGAGAAAAGCAGGACUACAGGCCAGUCUGGCGGCGCGUUGACUUUCUUUUGGUGCCCGAGACAGAGUACGGGGCGGCGCUCAUCUACUUUACUGGGAAUGACCUCUUCAAUAGGAGUAUUAGGCUGCUGGCGUCCAAGAAGGGCAUGCGACUGAACCAGCGGGGACUCUAUAACCACCAUGGCAUCCACGAGGAGAUGCUCAAGGACGAGGUCCGCACAAAAUCCUACAUGAACGCGAUUGUGCAAAACAAGCACCUGUUCAAGGACAAGGUCGUGCUCGACGUCGGCUGCGGUACAGCCAUUCUGUCCAUGUUCGCAGUCAAGGCCGGCGCCAAACACGUCAUUGGCGUCGACAUGUCAACCAUCAUCUUCAAGGCCCGCGAGAUCGUCGCCUGCAACGGCAUGUCCGACAAGAUCACGCUCAUCCAGGGCAAGAUGGAGGAGAUCGAGAUGCCCUUCCCGCAGGUCGACAUCAUCAUCUCGGAGUGGAUGGGAUACUUUUUGCUGUACGAGAGCAUGCUCGACACGGUCCUGUACGCCCGUGACAGGUACCUGGUCAAGGAUGGCCUCAUCUUCCCCGACAAGGCCAUCAUCUACGCUGCCGGUAUCGAGGACGGCGAGUACAAGGACGAGAAGAUUGGCUUCUGGGACAACGUUUACGGCUUCGACUACACGCCGCUCAAGGAGACGGCCCUGUCGGAGCCCCUGGUCGACACGGUCGACAUCAAGGCCGUCGUCACCGACCCUGCCCCGGUCCUGACCCUGGACCUGUACAAGUGCACGACCGCCGACCUGGCCUUCAGCAUACCCUUCAGCCUGACGGCCCGCCGCGACGACUUCAUCCACGCCCUCGUGUCGUGGUUCGACAUUGAGUUCUCCGCCUGCCACAAGCCCAUCCGCUUCUCCACCGGACCCCACACAAAGUACACCCACUGGAAGCAGACCGUCUUUUACCUCAACGAGGUCGUCACCGUCCACCAGGGCGAGGAGGUCAAGUGCAACCUGCAGGUCAAGCCCAACGACAAGAACCGUCGUGACCUCGACAUCAAGCUCGACUACAAGCUCGAGACCCAGGACCAGACGAGGACAGCUGGUGGAGAAUGCACGUACAAGAUGUGCUAG